AUGCCGACCCCGGCGCGUUUAGACACGCAUAAGAAAGGGAAGGGCCUGCAGACACCGCAGUCGAUGGUCGACGUACAUGCAGACGAUACAUCAGGGCCCAUCCAGGCCUCGUCGUUCCGGAACGUCUCCUCGUGCACUCGUUGUCGCCAGCGGAAAAGUCGAUGUGACCAGCAGCUGCCGCAGUGCGGCGCCUGCGAGAAGGCCGGCGCUCGAUGCGUCGGCUACGAUCCCCUAAUGAAGAGGGAGGUGCCUCGGAGUUAUCUAUACUACCUGGAGGAUCGCGUCAACUACUUCAAGAACCUCCUGAGCGAGCAUGGGGUUUCUUUCGAGCCGGAUUCCUCGUUGACCAUGGAGCGAAGCGCGCCACAUGAUUACCGGGCGUCGACGGAGGAAGAACGAGAUACCAAAGCCUCAUAUAAACGAAGGGGUAGCGUCAUUUCAACUAGUGGAACGGAUUCGAGUCGACCGAGUGCGUCCUCUCCCAGGUCACCCAGAGAAGCAACAGACGUUGCCUCCCAGUCGGAAAUCGAUACGCUGCACAGUACGCAUGACCCGGGUUGCUGCACAGCACAUGAGCUCCUUUUCGCCCUUCGACCCAGAUCUCCCACAUCAUCAUUCGUGCUCCCGGACCGGGAUCUCGCCGCAAAGUUAGUCAACUUCUACUUCGAACAAGCAUACCCGCAAGUCCCGGCCCUCCAUAAGGGCGAGGUAGCACAGCUGCUCAAUCGGACCUACGCUGGGGCUGAGAGCCACCGGCCGUACAGCCUUUUCCUGCUAUACAUCCUAUUCGCUAUUGGCACCUGCAUCAUGCUUGAUAACGAGGGAAACCUCAGGGGCAAGGAUCUACCGGGGCAGGGGCUAAAGAGGAAGCGAAACACGUUGACAAACGUACAUCCCGCAGAGGAGUACUACUCUGCUGCUGUUACCCACUUACACCUGGCGUUCAGCUCUUGCGAUGACGCAUCCAGUAAGCUAGAAGGCCUUGAGGCUGCCGUGCUGAUUGCUCAUCUAUCCCUCUUCUAUCCUAUUCGUCCCGGGCCCGUCUACCUCGUGGGACUGGCGCUGCGCGCUGCAGUCGACGUGAAGCUCUACGACGAGGCCAGUCCUAGCCUAAUCGCCGGGUCGUAUCAAGCGACCAUAUCGAACGAAGGUAGCGAGCAGCAAGACCAGCUUUCGGAGCAAUGCCAACGUCUCUGGUGGAGUGCAUACAGUCUGGACCGUCUCGUCUCGCCAUACACCGGGCGUCCGUUCGCCAUCCCGGACCACCUGGUCACCACCGGCUUCCCAUCCAUGCCCGAAGAAAUGGGCGUACCAUGCCACGGCAUCUCCUCCAGCAACAAACUCAUGAACUUCCUCACCAGCCAUCUUCUCCAACUACGACUGCUCCAGUCGGAAAUCCACGAAGUCCUUCAAUACCACCACGCACAAUCCUCGCGAAGCAGCUCCAGCAACACCGGUCCGCCAGCGACGUCUAUACUUUCGUCACCACUGGACUAUUUCGAGUCGUUUGGCUCGUGGAAAAGGGACGUCAACCGGCGACUCGACGAGUGGAAAAGCUGCAUCCCCUCCCGCGAAGAAACCGGAACGUGGGUUCCCAUCGUCCGCCUGGAACUCGAUUACUGGAAAACAAUCAACUUACUGUACCGACACGAGGUCAAGGUACCGUUCGAGCUGGCUCGCAUGCUGCCGCCGUCGCAUAUGAACGCUACGCAUCUGGCGGCGGGAGAAGGGUCAAAGGAUGACUUUACCCACUUCAAAAUCGUCGAGGCGAGCCGGAAGGUGCUGCAGAGCUACCGGCUGGUGCAUCAUUUGGAUUCGGGGAACUGCACGUUUCUCGCCACGCAUAACAUUUUCCUUGCUGGAACUCUAUUUCUGUUCGCCAUAUGGAACUCGCAGUUGAUCCGCAAUCUUCUUGUAUGUCUUGCCCGCCGUUUUGAAUCAUACCCACUGACAUCCUCAGACCCUCGACGAAAUCGACUGCACCAUUCUCACAGGCACUGCCGUCCUCGCCGGCAUGGCAGAUAUCUACCCCCACGCCCGCGAGUGCCAGGACUCCCUGGAGCGCAUGCGCGUAGCAACCAUGCAGAUGUGUCUAUCAUCCACAAAGCCCGAAUCCGGGAUUACCACGCCUCGCGAACGGGUGCGAGGAACACCCACGACCAGCACAAGCGCACGACACUCGGCCCACCCGACAGAAUCACCCCAAACCAUCCUUAA